UGGACUUGAAGCAUGCCAGGUAUACAUAGAUGCGACACCUACUCCGUGCUCUAUGAAGAGGACGUUCGUUGUGGAACCUGCUAUCUAUACUUGAAUUCUUCUAGAUUGCUUCUACAUUCUUUCUAAUCCCCGUGUGGUCUUUGCUGCACAGUGGACGUGUGUCACCCUCAACUUUGUCUGCAGUAUCACCCAACGCUGCACCACCAGCAGCCACCAGUUUCAUUUACGCGCAGCGCAGCGCAACACCGGACCACCUCGCUGUCCUCUUCACCCAUCUCCUUGUAUCACGCUCCAUACGUUACCUCUUGUCCUUCCUUCGAGUGCCAAUAUCGACCUGUUCACCAUCGAUGGCCAUGCGAAUGCCCACCCCUGUUCUUCUGUUCCGUCAAUCAAAGGCAAACACGGGUUAAAACAUCCAUGAAUUCAUCAAGAACAUCACUCGGGUUUCGUUGCGCUUGACAACUUGCUGAAACACCGCAACUGAGCCACAAUGGCACUCUCUGCUCAACAGCGACACCUGGCCGCUUUGCAACCAGGCGAUCUUUUGGUGGUCAUCCAUGACUUCGAUGCGCGAAGUCCUGAUGAAUUGACCCUGCGAAAGUCAGAUCAGAUCGAGCUUGUUGAAUUGGAUGAGGGCUUUGGGGAUGGCUGGUUUCUGGGAAGACACCUUCAACAUGGGAAUACGGGCUUGUUUCCAGGCGUCUAUACCGCCAAACUCCCUCGCAACUUCGCUCCUGUUGGCUUCCAGUCGACAAGAAGUCCUUCUUUGCCUGCAGAACAAAUGCCGUACAAACCGGUCGACCCUGAUAGCAACGCGCAAUUCACCGGCACAGGUUCUCAGGCUCCCUCGUUCCUUUCGAGAACUUCAAUACCUCCCUCUCCCUCAUACAUUCAGCGAAGCAUCGGUCAAGCACUCUCGGAGUCAAAUGGUGGCCAGGAAAGCCCGGUUAUGAAUGAGACUCUCAGCGUCAUAGAAGAACAUAUAACCGAUCUGAGUACUCCUCGCCAAAGUUUAGCCCCUCCCCAACCCAUUACGGAGGACUCUGAAAGCGAUUAUGGCAGCCACUUUGACCGCGCAUCCUUCAUCGCGGGGCCCGAGACAGACAGUGAAGAUAACACACGCUUGACUGAAGCAGAAGUCAACCAGUGGGAUGCCAAAGAAACGGCGGAAUUUUUAAGAGGGAUGGGAGUAGAUCCCAAACACUGCGAUAUUUUCGAAGAACAAGAAAUCACUGGCGAUGUGCUUCUGGAAAUGGAUCAGUCAUUUAUCCACAUGAAGGAAUACGACUUUGGUGUCAUGGGUCGCCGCCUGAAGACGUGGCAUAAGAUCAGGGACUUCCAGAAUCGGGUUCGAGCCACCAAAGCCUCGCAGAAGAGUGGCCUUCGACAGACUAAUUCAACGGAGGAUGCCCCUCGGAUACACGCGCGUGCUAUGUCGGGCAACACAAUUUUGCCUAGGAUCCCCAGUCUCAUGGACGAACGAGGGCUUACACUCCGUCAGUCACAGCAAUCUCAGCCAAAGAGUCAUCAUGCCGGCCCUUCUCCAGAACCGCCAGUAUCACCUUCAUUUGCACGGCCACAAUUGGGAUCCAGCACUCCGCCGUCUCCAUGGAGAUCUUCCAUGGCUACCGAGAGUCCGACCAGACCUUCCGCAGCGUCGAUCCGUGAAAUGAACCAUUCUCGUCGGCAUUCGUCUAUAGAUUUCGCUAAAAAUAUUGUGUCCGAAUUCGCGUCUGCGUCUUCUCGAAACACUCUACCCCAUCCACACAAGAAGAAGGCUUCUCUGGACAGAGACUGGUCAAUGAGCAAUGCGACCACUGCAAACGCUGGUGAAAGCACGCCAUCACUCAAAGUGAGCACGGCGGCGGAUAAUACGGAUUUGACCUUGACGCCUCCUUUCCUGGGUGACACCUCUACAGUCGAUCUUGACCGGGGUUAUUUUAGCGGUAACGAGGUUGAGAACAGGAAAACACGCAAUAUUCUGAGGAAGAGAGAUGGCGGAGAGAGCGUUGGCCACUCUCGUCAGUCGAGCGCAAUUGAUGAGUCAAAACAACAAAGUCGAAAUUCAAAACGACAUUCACGCCUCAGUAGCGUCGACUCCAUUCGCAACCCAUCAUUAAUCUCGUCGGCGGCAAAAGCAUAUCACAGCAGUUCGUAUAAGGGACGAUUUCGAUCAGCUAGCGCGCGCAACCUCAUUACACAGCGGUCCCCAGUGGUCACAUCUCCGACAGUAACCAAUCUCGAGGAUGACAGUCUCUCUAAUGUGUCCUCUCCGCAAGGCAUGAGUGCGACAGCAUCACCUGCUGUGCCUGCUUCUGCCCCAUUCACAGCAAGUCAGAAAGCCCGGAAGCUAUUAGGUCUGCGCGCUGCUUCAGAAGCGGUAACGGGAAGCGAGAAAGAAGCUGCAGACAUGACAAAUAUUACUUCCGAGCCGCUGAAGGAGAGCCCUCUGGCUUCGCCAUCAGGUUCUCAAACGCCUUCUGCAACCUCACGUAGCUUCGACAUGGAUAACACGGAUGCCUCUUCAAAAGGCACCACCGAACACUUGGGUCCGCUCCUGCAUACCAAAACCGCCGUACGGACGAACCCCAAGACGAAACGACAGACGAGUGCAUACACAAGAGGUCUACUACAAAUUUCACCGGCAGAAGCUCGUAAAUUCUGUGACUACUCUGGCUGGAUGAAAAAACGAUCGGCAGGUCUCAUAGCGCAGUGGAAACCUCGACUGUUCAUUCUCCGUGGACGAAGACUUUCAUAUUAUUACUCGGAAGAUGACACCGAGGAAAAGGGCAUAAUCGAUAUUUCAGGCCACAAGGUUCUGGUUGCUAACUCCGACCCCAUAACUACGCUUCAAGCGACGAUCAGCGGGUCGACACCAUCCAUAGGUUCUACCACUCCUCUCUCCGAGAAGUCACCAGAUGUGUCUCGCGGAUCUGGUGGUGGCGCCCCUUUCUUCUUCAAGCUUGUUCCCCCCAAAGCCGGCCUCUCAAGGGCCGUCCAAUUUACGAAACCAGCCGUUCACGUUUUCCAGGUCGACAACAUCAAUGAAGGCAGGAAGUGGAUGGGUGAAAUCCUGAAGGCGACCAUUGAGCAUGACCUAACGAGCUUUGAGACCACCAACCGACAGAAAACGAUCAGUUUGGCAAAGGCAAGGGCAAGAAAAGAACGACCUCCUGCCCUCAAGGGGACUGAAGAGGUUGAAGAAGAAAUGGCAGAAUUGCCCGAGAAGCCAACACCUCUCGAGGAGAAAGACCUCAACGAGACUGGCCUGAAUAUACAAGGUCUCAACUUUAGCGAAUCCCAGAUCAACCUGUCGCUAACGACCGGCCUCUCGAGUGCCACCAAAUCUAGCCACGAGGAUGACGAGAGCUGACUGAGGAAAUUAAUGAGGGAUAGAUUGGAUAGAGAGCCUUAUAGGAUAUGUAAAUAAAUUCCGGGGGGAGACAAAGCUACCUUAAUGCUGUACCAUGACCGUCUACUAUUGAUAUACCAAAUUAUGAAAGUGGAAAGACCUUUCUCAAGUCUAUAGCAGGGGUUUCAAGAGAUGAUUGAUUGAUACUGACAAUACCUACAUAUGUAGUAAUACUCAAUGCCCG